UUGACUUUUAGCAAUAGUGGCUUGUCCGUCACCAAAUAGUUUAACAUGGAUGUUCACAUUGGUUUACGUCUAUAAAUUCAGCUGUAUGCUCUUGAGAUCUUCAUUAAUUAGAAAGAACACCGGUAAAAGAUAACUCGGAUAAUCAGAGCCGAAAUGAUGAAGCAACCAAGCACAAGCUCUGGUCACCAACAGCAGCAGCAGCAGCAGAACCAUACUAUUGUUCAGAUGCCUCAACAGCAAGUGCCGGCACCAGCGCAACAAAACCCACCACAACCUAACAGGCCUAGUUUAGAACUACUUCUUGGAAAUAGAGAAGAAAAAUACAUCAAGUUUGCUGUUCCACUUUACGAAGCCGCAAUGAAAGGAGAUUGGAAGGCCGCUGAACCCAUUCUUAGACAAGACCCACAUCUGAUGCGUGCUGCUAUCACGGAAAACGAGGAAACACUGCUUCACGUUGCAGCAUCAGCAGAGAGCACCAAGGCAGUAGAACAAUUUGUGAUAAAUCUUGUACAGUUGAUGGAAAAACCGGAUUUGGAGCUACAAAAUAAAAAUUGGGAUACUGCCCUCUGUUUAGCAGCUGCUGCUGGAAAUAUAGAAACAGCCAAGACGAUGGUGCAAAAGAAUCGAGCCUUGAUUGAAAUCCUUAAUUUUAAGAAAGUUAUGCCACUCUAUAUGGCUGCUUUAUUUGCAAAACCCAAAAUGGUGGCCUAUCUGUAUAAUCUUUCUAACAAAAUGGUGGGCGAUUGUUGGACACAUGAUAAUCGUGGCUGGGUCCUCCAAAAAUGUGUUGAAGCGGAUAUGUUUGAUGUUGCUCUGAAUAUAUUGAAUGACUGCCCGAAUAUCAUUCUCCCGAACCGGUUACUUACUGAUGUGCUUUUAGCUUUGGCGCAGAAGCCUCGUGCAUUUGAAGAAGAAAAAACAAAUAGUAUCUCCACAAAAAUCAAAUCAAUUUUUGCAGCGCCCAACAAAAAAGAAAGUGCUGCCCUUGAGUUAUUAAAAAUAAUCUGGGAAAAAGUUGCCAAAAUGGGGAAGAAAGAGAUUGAUGACAUAAUCCGAGGGCCGAGUUCUGUAAAAACAAAUAAGGAGGGUAAGGCAAAAAGAGGCUACUUUUCCCGAGUACUUUUUGUUGCUGCAAAAAUGGGCAAUACGCGUUUUAUAAUUGAACUCAUACGCUCAUAUCCUGAUCUCAUAUGGAAACAAGAUCACAAAGGAAAAACUAUAUUUCAUUUUGCGGUCAAAUUUCGUCAAAUAGAGGUUUUUAAGUUGAUAUAUGAAAUUGGUGCAAUGAAAGAUUUAAUAACUCCUAUUAAAGACGAAAACCACAAUAACAUGCUGCAUAUUGUCGCAAAGAGCGUAAAGCAACAACAAUUUGAAAAUGCAUCCGGAGUUGCUUUUCAAAUGCAAAGCGAGUUAUUAUGGUUCCAGGAGGUACAGAAAAUGAUCCCACCUCAAUACAGGCAAAGGGAGAAUAAAAGAGGUAAAACACCAAAAGAGUUGUUCACCAAGGAGCAUGAAGCAUUAUUAAAAGAUGGCAGGGAAUGGAUGAAAGAUACCGCAUCUCAGUGUAUGGUGGUUGCAACCCUUAUAGCCACCAUUGUCUUCGCAGCGGCUUUUACACUUCCUGGUGGAUACGAUCAAGACACCGGCAUACCUUUUUUCAGAAAAGAAGCAUCCCUCAUUAUUUUUGUGAUCUCAGAUGCUGUUUCUUUAAUAUGCUCAUCAACCUCGGUCCUUAUGUUCUUAUCUAUCCUCACAUCCCGUUAUGCUGAAUAUGAUUUUAAGGAGGCAUUACCAAGGAAACUAGUGAAUGGUAUUGCAACGCUCUUCCUCUCUAUUGUAACCAUGAUGAUUGCAUUCAGUGCGAGUUUCUUUGUUCUUUACCAUAACAAGGUGAGAUGGAUACCAAUCACCAUCACCGCUUUGGCCAGCAUUCCAGUCAUGUUUUAUAUCUUCCUACAACUAGAUCUUUUCAAGGAUGUUGUUAAGGCGGCGUAUCAAUCUAAACAUUUGUUUAAGCCCAAUAAAAAACGUACUCUUUACUAUUAAAUCAAAAUGUAACGUUUGUUUUAGUCCAAGGUCCAUGUUUGUUUUCUUCCAAGGUUCCUGUACUAUAUCGGGUACUCUAUGUCAAAUAAAGGUCAUGAUUAUAUUA